GCUAUGCAGCAGGAAUUGACGUCGCCGGAGUUUAUGAACCAAAAUACAUUGACAACCCACGCCGAAGUUACUGGCUCCUCUACAAACAGGUGAUUGAAUCCGACAGUGAGGUCAGCUGCGCCAAAAAUGCCUCUUCUUGUACUGGACUACUCCUGGACCCAGACGGACUCAACGCUUUACAUUAGUGUGCCUCUCAAAGGAACGAAAGCUGGGAAAGUAGACGUCAUUUCUACAGACGAGUACCUGAAGGUGCAUUUCCCUCCCUAUCUGUUUGAAGCCUUCUUUUUUGAACCUGUUGAUGAUGAUAGAAGUGCGGCAAGGAUUGGAAAUGACUGUGUUGUCAUCACUUUGCCAAAAAGGACCAACAAAGUGUGGGAGCAUCUGAUGAUACCUAUGGACAAUAAAGAAAAAAUGAAGGAGAUCAGACAGAGGGCUCUGUUCAAAUACCAUGAAAAGCUUUCUUCAGACUCCAUACAAAAGGCAAUGAAAAUACAUGCAGAAAACAAAUAUGCUCUGGAGACAGUGGUGAAGCUUGAAAAACAGGAAAGAGACAGAAUCCAGAAGAUAAAGGAUGCAGAACAAGAGAAAAUCACAGCAGAGCUGGCAGCAUGGCAUUUCGGGCAAACAGAAAAAGUAGAGCGGGAUGCCCAGCUAAAACUGCAAAAUCAGAAAGUCAAAUCAGACCAACUAAGAACAGAGACACGGAGACAAAAACAUGGGCCGUCAGACCAAGGAAAAGGCAAACUGGAUCAAAGAGGCAACAGUUGUGCAAAGAGCAAGAAAACCCAAGAUGAACUACCUCCUCCAAGACUCAGCAGAAACAUUCAAGUCUCAUUCACCCCACGAGUUUUUCCAACAGCCCUCAGAGAAUCCAGGCUGCCAGAGGAAGAGGAGUGGCUGAGAAAACAAGCUGAAGCCUGGGAAGCAGUAAAUGUGGAUGUUGGAGAGCUAAAGGACCUGAAAGAGGAGGAGAGGAACCCUGACUGGUUAAAAGACAAAGGAGACAAAUGUUUUGCAGCUGGGGACUACCGGGGAGCAGUGAAUGCUUACACCCUGGCUAUCAGGCUUAACAGGAAGAUGCCUGCUUUGUACUCAAACAGAGCCGCCUGCCAUCUGAAGUUAAAAAAUCUUCACAAGGCCAUUGAAGACUCCUCGCAGGCACUUGAUCUGCUGACUCCACCAGUCCCUGCCAAUGCAGCUGCCAGAGUUCGAGCCUUUGUCCGUCGAGGAUCUGCUUUCUGCCAGUUGCAGGUCUAUCCAGAAGGGCUACAAGAUUACCAAGCUGCUCUGAAGAUUGACCCUAACAAUGAAUCAUUGUUGGUGGAUACACAGAGAAUCAAAGACAUCAUUCAAGGAUCUGCCGUCAACCCUGGCGCUCAGUGAGGCAGAACAACACAGAGACGCAGAGCAUGUGCUUUAUACAUUAUGUUCAUGAGACAUCUCACAGAACACUGGUUUCAGCCCUGGUUUAAGGCUGCAUCUUUAAAAGGAUGUAAGCAAUGUUAUAUUUUAAAGCAGGUCAUAGCAUAUUGUCAAUUGUGCUAUGACCUGCUCCACCUUGUGUUUCAUUAAAUAAUAACAGUAGUUUA